CAGUUAAAUUAUUUUUACGUUCCAAUUAUUUCCCAAAUAUUUUUCUAAAUUAGAAACAACAAAUAAACUAGAGCCUCAAUCAAGCUAAUUUAGUAAAUUCUCGUUGUUUGUUCAAGUGCUGAGUUCCAAAUACACCAUGUGGGCCACAUAGAAAUGAGUUCAUCGAACAUUCAUGAAAAUAUUACAAAUAAAUUGUAUUUAUAAUUGGAUCUAUUUUAAUCGUAAAUAUUUAUCUAUGAUGACAAUGAAUAAACAUUUGUUCAAAAAUAACUUCGUCUCAAGAAACUAUAGGAGACAUAACUUCAUAAAAAUAAUCUGGGAUCAUACCAAACCCAGAGUCAGACUUGUGUUCGAACUUAGGGAACAUCUCAGCAUUACACGGGAAAAUGAAAUUGACAAUUAUUUUGAUGGGAUUUCUUGCUCAACAGUUAUUCGGUUCAACAAAUGCAAAUUAUUGUGCCUCGAACUUGUGCCCUGCUGGAGUGAAGCAUGUUGCGUGCAAAAACAAGGGGAAUUUUUAUAAGAGCUGUCCAAAGGAUGCUACCAUGAUACGAAUUGGACCCAAACUCAGGAACCUCAUUGUCAAUGUUCACAACAAAAGACGUAAUCGUAUUGCCGGUGGCAAGGUGUCUAAAUUUAGGCCAGCUUGUCGUAUGGCCACAAUGAGAUGGAAUGCCGAACUGGCUAAAAUAGCUUCGUACAAUGUACGUCAAUGUAAGAUGAACCAUGACAAAUGUCGCAAUACACAAAGAUUCAAGUUUUCGGGUCAAAAUUUGGCCUGGAAAUCAUAUUAUGGUAAACCAAAUAGAGCAGAGCUAAUAAAAGCUGUCAUUAAUGCCUGGUAUUCGGAAGUUAAGAGCACCAAAAGGACUCAUAUUCAAUCCUAUCCGACGAAUUAUAAGGGACCUGCCAUUGGCCAUUUUACAGCCAUGAUGGGUGAACGCAACAUUGCUGUGGGCUGUGCAGCAUCUACGUAUUCCACCAAAGGUGCUAAAUACAAGUCAUUUUUAGUGGCCUGCAAUUAUGCUACAACAAACAUUUCCAAGAAACCCGUCUACCGAAGUUGCUCUAGAGCAACGGCCAGAUGUAAAACGAGACGAAAUAGCAAAUAUCGAAAUUUGUGUUCCCCUAAAGAACGCUACAAUGUCAACAAUUGGUGAAUAUUUGUUUAUGUUUUGUUAUGUAAGUUAAGUUCCAUUGAGAUUCUUAAAUUCAAUCAAUAAUUUGAUAUUAUUUUAUAAGAGUUUAGUUAUUUUUUAC